AUGCUCAGAACAAGCGCCCGUUACCAAAUUUUUAACAAUCUAAACUGCCUUGCCCUUCGCCUCCACUGCCACCGCCACCCCGCCGCUGACCGCUCACCCGGGGACCCUGCCAGACCGGCAGAACUCCGUGGCCCGAUUGCAUCAAGCAAUGGCAUUUUGGGGGACUGUGACGACCAUGAAGACGAGGAAGAAGCCCAGCCCUUGAGACAAACGGAUAUGAGAAACGCCCAGACCGAGGUUUCGGUUGAAGAAAGGACGUGUCUCUUUGAUAUCAUUGGAGCGUAUUUCGAGUAUGGUAUGACCGUGGCUUUUACGGCUAUUGGAAGAGCUGUGGCGGGUAGACCGAUAAUGGUGUUGCUGUACUCGGCCGCCUUGGUGGCUGUUCUGUCCUGGGGCAUCAAGUCACUUGAGGUCAUCACCGAUCCUGUCGAGCUGUGGUCAUCUCCGAAUUCGAGAGGAAGAAUGGAAAAGGAAUACUACGACUCUCAGUUCGAACCUUUCUUUAGUAAGAAAGACCUACAAAAGCUAGACUGCUAUUAUCUCCAGGAAAAGUUGCGUGCCCCUUGGGGAUCGGAUUUGCUCGAGACGAACGAAACCGUGGGCUUGGCUGACGUUUGUUUCGCCCCGCUGAAGCCGGACAACCACAAGUGCGCCACGAACGAAACCGUGGGCUUGGCUGACGUUUGUUUCGCCCCGCUGAAGCCGGACAACCACAAGUGCGCCGUCCAGUCCGCUUUCCAGUACUUUCAAAAUUCUCGAGCGAAAAUCGGCAACCGCAACAGCUUUUGGCGCACGCUGGACACGUGUGCCGUCAGCAAUCACGUGCAGCUAGACUGUCUGGGUGACUUUGGAGGACCCGUGGACCCGAAGCUGGCCUUUGGUGGAUACCUCAAGGAUCCGAAAGCUGGACUCGAACGCGCUAAUGUCUCUGACGCGGAUACGUUGAUCGUGACCUUUGUGGUGAACAACUACUACGACAAGAAGAAACUCGAGCCUGCAUUGGCCUAUGAGAAGGCCUGGUUGGAUUAUGUGCAGGAAUGGGUACGAACGAGGAAUGGCCCGGAAGUCGAGGUUGCUUUCAGGGCCGAACGGUCCGUGGAGGACGAGUUGGACAGGCAGAGUCACGGAGACGUGUCCACUGUCAUAAUUUCCUAUGGCAUCAUGUUUGCUUAUAUUGCCAUCACAUUAGGACAGGCGAGGACAUUUUCAACGCUGCUCGUGGACAGUAAAAUCACGCUCGGGAUGGGCGGAGUUGUCCUCGUGUUGGCGUCAGUGGCGGCAUCUGUCGGCUUUUACGCCAACGUCGGCGUUCCGGCGACGCUUAUCAUCAUUGAAGUGAUCCCGUUCCUCGUCUUGGCUGUCGGCGUGGACAAUAUCUUCAUCUUGGUGCAAGCUUACCAGAGGACAGCUAGGAAGAAGGGCGAGAGUGUCGAAGACCACGUGGGCCGUGUUUUGGGCCACGUUGGCCCGUCUAUGCUGCUUUCGGCCGCUGCCGAGUCCAUCUGCUUCUUUCUGGGUGCCCUGAGCGGCAUGCCGGCUGUCAGGGCGUUUGCCUUGUAUGCCGGGUUCGCGCUGCUUUUUGACUUCUUGCUUCAGAUCACGGCGUUUGUGGCGUUGUUCACGCUGGACUUGCGUCGCCAGGAAAACAACCGCCUCGACGUGUUUUGCUGCGUGCAGGGCGAGAAGCGGGAGAAGCACGGCGCCACGGAAGGCGUCCUCUACAAGAUCUUCAAGGAGUUGUAUGCUCCGUUCCUCUUUGGCUACGUUGUCCGCGUCGUGGUCGUGGUCGCCUUUUCCGCCUGGUUCGCCUUCAGCGUGGCGGUGGCGCCGGCCGUCAAGGUCGGCCUGGACGAGACGCUGUCCAUGCCGGAAGAUUCGUAUUUGAUUCACUAUUUCCACUCGAUGUAUGAAAACUUUUACAUGGGCCCACCGACUUACUUCGUGGUGAAGGAAGGUUAUCCUUUGUUGGACGAAAAGGCCCAGGACCGGAUCUGCUCCACCGUCGGCUGCAACAUCGACUCUCUGACUGAGCAAAUUUACGCUGCACAACGAGUUUCCAAUCGAUCCAGAAUCGUGUCGACGGCCAUGUCCUGGAUAGACGAUUACAUUGACUGGCUGGGAUCUGUCAGCUGCUGCUCCACCGACAACAACGGCACUUUUUGCUCCCCAAAAGAUCGAUUUAUGCGUUCGGACUGCGUCCAUCCGUGUAUGUCUGGAUACCGGCCUGACAAGGCGACUUUCCAGAAAUUCGUUGGCAAGUUCUUGAUGUCGAAUCCUGGAGAAAAUUGUCCGAAAGCUGGACACGCUGCUUAUGGUCAAGCCGUCAAGUUGUUGAAUCGGUCCGGAGAGAUAAGCGUGGGAGCCAACUACUUCAUGACUUACCACGCCAUGAUGCGAUCCUCGGAAGACUACUAUGAAGCUUUGCGAAUGGCCAGAUUCAUUGCUGACAAUGUCACCAACAUGCUGAACGAGGGCAACACUGGCAGUGUCAAAUACGAGGUGUUUCCUUACAGCAUUUUCUACUUGUUCUACGAACAAUACUUGACCAUGUGGGAAGACGUGACGUCGUCGCUGGUGAUCUCCGUGACAGCCGUGUUUGCAGCAACGUUUGUGUUCCUCGGCUUCGACCUGCACUCUGCCCUGGUGGUGCUGGUCACCAUUGUCAUGAUCAUGGUGGACAUGCUCGGGUUCAUGUGGGCCUGGGACAUCCAGUUGAAUGCCGUCUCCUUGGUCAACUUGGUCAUGGCUGUCGGGAUUGCGGUGGAGUUCUGCAACCACAUUGUACGUGCGUAUGCAGUGAGUCCGUUUGAGAGCAGGCUGGAGCGAGCCAGACACGCACUUGUCGACAUGGGCAGCUCUGUUCUAUCUGGCAUCACGCUGACGAAGCUGGGCGGCAUCAUCGCACUCGGGUUUGCGCACUCGCAAAUUUUCCGGGUCUUCUACUUCCGGAUGUACCUGGGGAUCGUGAUGGUGGGUGCGUUGCACGGGCUCGUGUUCCUUCCGGUCGCGUUGUCCUUUUUAGGCGCCAAGCGGAGCGACGGGAAGCGGCGCGUGUUGGACGCUCUUCACGCUGCUGGCGGCAGCGGUGGCGCCGGCGCCGACUCGGGCUACCUGCUCAAGACCCCGACGGCGGCCAGCGGCAGCAGCAUCUCCUGCGGCGACAGCAUCGGUGCGUUGAAUCCCGAGGACCCGGACAAGAUUGAAGUGGCGCCGGGACUCCAUGGAGGGGAUUGAAGUUGAACCAAAAAAGAAGCGAAGAAAGACAGACGGAAGAAUAAUGAUGGAGAAGGAGGAAAGGAAUUUGAAAUGGAGAAAUGAGCGCUGGAAUCAAGCUUGAAACGAUCGAGUCCUAGGCAUGUAAUUCUUUUUUAAUCUUUGAGCUUUCGAAGUAGAAGCUGGAAACGAUGCGGAUGAAGCCUCGCGUUUUUGAAAGAAAAUUUGACGAAAAAAGAAAUGUCAGCAACAUCAGUCUUUUCAAGCUGUGAGGUUUGCAAGACUGAGAGUUCGGAAAAACCUUGAGAUUCUGAAUCUUAUUUCUAAAUUUUAAAGGCCGAAAAAAGAACAGCUCAAGGCUUUUUUCAGAUUUCAUUAGGUGAUCAUGAGAUUGUUUCAACUGAAAAAAUAAACCUUUUUUUUAAUAGUCUGAAUUCUGGAAUUCUUAGGUUUCAUUUCGUUUGCUGGAGGUUCCUCAGACCCCAUUCAUUAAGGAUCAGACAUGAGGCUUUGUGGAAUUGAGAAUUCUCAGGGUUUUUUCUUUUUCUGCAAUGAUUCCUGGAUUUGAUAAUGCUAAAAAAAAAUUAAGAGGAGCCGGAAGUUUGUCGAAUUCUUUGGAAGGUGGUCUUGCUGUUGCUAAUUCAUCCUAUGGAUUGAUAACUUUCCCAUUUAAAAUUCCGCAGAAAAUGUUGAAUUUCCACUUUUCAAUGAAAUAGGAAUAGUUCGAGUUUCGCAAGUUUUUUAAUCUGAAUCUUCCGGAUUUCCGCUGAAGAAUUUAAAAAUCUGAAAUGGCUUCAUCCGCUUUGUGCCUCUGGUUGUUAUUCUGUUUUUUUUCUCGUGCAAUGAGGAUGAAUGUUUCGCUUUUUACCAAACAUGCUCCAGAUGGGAGAACCUAGUUUCUCCCAUCGAGGGAAUCAUUUUUUCGGAUUCCUGCAAGAAAAUAGGGAAGUUCUUCACUGGGGGAAUGUGUAAGGGAUUUUUAAUUAUUUUAGUGGAGUACCAAAGAGAAUUUGUUUUUCCUUUUUUUGUCAAAUUUUUAAAUUGCAAACUUUGAGAAAGUUCGGGGUGUUUGCGUGAGCAGACAAAGACAGAAAAAGGAGGAAGAAACAAUCCCUGUUGCUGGGACGACGAUUGUGCGUAGAGGGCGCUUGCGGCGGCUUUUUUUCCGGGCCUGUUUUAUUUACUGGAAAAAAUCACGAUUAUGUUUAUUUUAUUUAUUUAUUGGAAAAAUUAUAAUUCUGUUUUUUUGGCAUCUCAGGUCAGUUUUUAGACAAGCAUGAUGGAACAAAGGAGUAAAAUGUAUCUUGCCCGCCAUGUUGUAUAUGUUGGUUCUUGUCAUGAUGAUGUGAUGAGGGUUCAUGUUUUUUCCAUUCCCUUUUUUUUUCCUGCUUAGGCUUGGAAUUUUUAGAGAUUUAUUUUGGAAUGUAAGAAAGAUUAUGAAAUGAGUAAGUGGCUUAGGAUGUUGAUCCUGUGGAGGUUGGGUGAGCCAGCCAGCUUGGAAAUGUUAGGUGGCUUGAUGAACAUGAAAUACACUGGCCGGUGUUUUUUUCUACAA